CGACCUGUUGUGAUCCCGUCAUGGCGCGCUACGCCCGUGUCGCUACUCUGGCCGCGUGCCUCUUGUUCGCCUGCGCCGUGGAAGGGCAUAGAUGGAAGAGGCAAGCGGAAGAAGCGAAGAAAGACGAGAGCCUAGAACAAGAACUAUGCAAGAACAAGGACGCCGGAGAGUGGUUCCGGUUGGUGGCAGGCGAGGGCGACAACUGCCGCGACGUCAUCCAGUGCACAGCCUCGGGCAUUCAAGCUAUCCGUUGUCCAGCCGGCUUGUAUUUCGACAUCGAGAAACAGACUUGCGACUGGAAAGACGCCGUCAAGAACUGUAAACUCAAGAACAAAGAACGCAAAGUGAAGCCUCUUCUAUAUACCGAAGAGCCUCUUUGCCAGGAUGGCUUUUUGGCGUGCGGGGACUCUAAUUGCAUAGAGCGAGGCCUUUUCUGUAACGGAGAGAAGGACUGUGCCGAUGGGUCCGAUGAAAAUUCUUGUGAUAUCGACAACGACCCAAACAGAGCCCCACCCUGUGACCCGAGUCAGUGCGUGCUGCCUGACUGUUUCUGCUCAGAGGACGGCACAGUGAUACCUGGAGAUUUGCCCGCCAGAGAUGUACCUCAGAUGAUCACAAUCACAUUCGAUGACGCCAUCAAUAACAAUAACAUCGAAUUAUACAAAGAAAUCUUCAAUGGAAAGCGUAAAAAUCCCAAUGGCUGUGACAUCAAGGCGACGUUCUUCAUUUCGCACAAAUACACCAACUACUCCGCCGUGCAUGAGACACACCGCAAAGGUCACGAGAUUGCAGUUCAUUCUAUUACGCACAACGACGAUGAACGCUUCUGGAGCAAUGCUACUGUUGAUGAUUGGGGCAAGGAAAUGGCAGGCAUGAGGGUUAUAAUUGAGAAGUUCGCAAACAUUACUGACAACAGUGUAGUUGGAGUACGCGCACCCUACCUCCGAGUCGGUGGCAACAACCAAUUCACCAUGAUGGAAGAACAAGCUUUCUUAUACGACAGCACCAUCACCGCUCCUCUGUCCAACCCCCCACUCUGGCCAUACACUAUGUACUUCAGGAUGCCCCACCGCUGCCACGGUAAUCUGCAGAGCUGUCCGACGAGAAGCCACGCUGUCUGGGAAAUGGUAAUGAACGAACUUGACCGUCGCGAGGAUCCCACCAACGAUGAGUACCUUCCCGGAUGCGCUAUGGUUGAUUCUUGUUCGAACAUCUUAACAGGAGACCAAUUCUACAACUUCUUAAAUCACAAUUUCGAUCGUCAUUACGAACAAAACCGUGCUCCCCUCGGUUUGUACUUCCACGCCGCUUGGUUAAGAAACAAUCCUGAAUUUUUAGAGGCCUUCUUAUACUGGAUAGACGAAAUUCUCUCGAGCCACAAUGACGUGUACUUUGUAACUAUGACCCAAGUGAUUCAAUGGGUUCAAAACCCACGCACGGUAUCCGAAGCCAAAAACUUCGAGCCCUGGAGGGAAAAGUGCGCUGUUGAAGGAAAUCCCGCUUGUUGGGUACCCCAUUCGUGCAAGCUGACGUCUAAGGAGGUGCCCGGUGAAACCAUCAACCUGCAGACGUGCGUGAGGUGCCCCGUCAACUACCCCUGGUUGAAUGACCCCACAGGUGACGGACACUAUUGAAAGCGCCUCGAUCUCGCGCUCCCAGCGCUUUUAAUUAGUUAAUAGAUUGCGGUUGAGAGGUUGCAUGGGCAACAUAUUCGGAGUUUCUUCCGUCAACAUAAUACAUUACGUAUAAAAUAG